AUGUACAACCGAGAUAAGAUCAUGCGCAAGCUGCUGGGCAAGCCCACCGUCGAGUCCUCCCACGAUACCACCGUCGGCGUCACCAGCUCUCCGCUCCCCGCCGCCUACCGCCCCAGCGCCGCCCAGAACGCUCUCUUCAAUGCCGGCGUCCCCAUCGCCUGCCUCGCAAAGUCUCCUGAUGGGCGAUGCGCCAUCCUUGCUGGCCGCCAUAUCCUCAAGGUCGUCAAGCUCGACGGUCUGACCGUCAAGGAGGGCACCGACCUGCGCGCCACCAUUACCUCUCAGCCCUCGUCCAAGGUCAACUCGACCGCCGACCAGCUCUCCAUCAAGGAUGUCAAUUGGCCCUCCGGCCGCGGCGACACCACUGUAUUUACUGCCUGUGCCAACGGCAAGAUCUUCCAGUAUGAUCUCGCGCGUAUGGGCGGCCCCGAUGGCGGCCAGAUGGAAGUCGUGCAGAUGAGGGAGGACUCUCGCCAAGUGAAUACUCUCGAUGUCAACCCUCAUCGUGGAACAUACCUGUUGUCAGGCAGCCAGGACGGCAUUGUUCGGUGCUUCGACAUCCGCUCUCCGCAGAGGUCGCAGCUAGGCUUUCUGACAUACCGGUCGGUGCAGGCAUUCAAAUGUAACGCAGAAGGCGUGCGUCAUGUCAAAUGGUCGCCAAAGGACGGCUUCUACUUCGCGUGCGCUACCGAGCAGGGCGUCGUCCUGAAAUGGGACAUCCGGAAAUCAACAGCUCCGAUCCUACGCAUCAACGGGCAUGAGAAGGCGUGCGCAUCUAUCGCAUGGCACCCCGACGGCGAGCAUCUCAUCAGCGGCGGAUCUGACAACAAGUGUUUUGUCUGGGACGUUUCCUCAAGAGCUGAGAAGAGGCAGAAGCCGAAAUGGACACUGAACACACCCGCUCCGAUCGCAUCGGUGGCUUGGAGACCAGGCACCUGGUCAGCUACCGCACAAGGGAAAAGAACGGCACAGGUCGCCGUUACCUACGAUGACAGUAGCCAGAUGAGGCAUGGUAUCAAUGCGUGUCAUAUCUGGGACCUGGCUAGACCUACGCUGCCUUUCAAAGAGUUGCAGAACUUCGACGCCCCGCCAGCGGCUUUACUAUGGCACGAUCAGGAUCUCCUAUGGACCGCUGGGCAUGAUGGACUUUUCAAUCAGUUCGAUAUCGCAUUCGCCCCUAAAGUAAUGGAUCGCACAUCAGUGUCAACCAUGGCACUUUCAUCCCAGGGCGAUGUCCUCAUGUUCUUGGAUGAGAGACCCGUUGCUCGACGGCCGGCGAAAGCGAACACCGAGUACACGCUCAGCACAUACUCUGAGCACCACUCCUCCGGGAGGCCCUGA